AUGGACCCAGAGCACAUCGCUGAGAUUGCACGUCGAACUGACUGCACACACGUCCACCCCGGUUACGGAUUCCUCAGCGAGAGCCCCAAAUUUGCCUCGCUCUUUGGCAGCUAUCCGGCUGAUUCCAAGUCGUAUGCCAAGCCCAUCACUUUUGUAGGGCCCUCUGUUGAGGUCCUCGAGAUUGCUUCGGACAAGAUGCGUUCGCGGGAGCUCGCGACGUCUCUGGGUGUGCCCGUCGCACCCGGGGCCCAUGUAGCAUCCGCUGACGACGUACGAACGUUCGCCAAGGCAAAUGGGUUUCCUGUAGUCAUCAAAGCCCUUGACGGCGGUGGCGGACGAGGCAUCCGCCUGGCGCAUACCUUAAACGAGGUAGAGGACGCCUUCCGGAGGUGCAUCGGGGAGAGCGCUUCGCGGCUUGUGUUCGUGGAGAAGGCGUUCGUUGGUCCCGGCUGGCGCCAUGUGGAGGUACAGAUUGUGGGCGAUGGUACAGGAGCCGUAACGCAUCUGUGGGAAAGAGAAUGCAGCGUUCAGCGAAGGUUCCAGAAGAUCGUUGAGAUGGCCCCGUCCACUCUUCCGCGCGAAACGGUUGAACCGCUCUUACAAGCUGCGCUAAAGAUGGCGCGUCACCUCCAAUACAAGGGUUUGGGCACCUUCGAGUUUCUCGUCAAUGGCCAGUCGCACGGAUGGAUCUUCCUGGAGAUCAACCCCAGACUGCAAGUCGAACACACGGUUACUGAGGAAGUCACGAAUUUGGACCUCGUACGGGUGCAAUUACUGCUAUCUCAGCCUGGGGCUUCCCUUUCCUCGGUGUUGCCUACGCAUGCACCUACACCGCCCCCACCACAAGGCCAUGCCAUCCAACUACGCCUGGUAGCUGAAGACCCUCAGAAAUCCUUCCGGCUAUCUACGGGGACCAUCCGUCCUGCAGACGCAUCCUGGCCAGCUGGCCGGGGCGUUCGCGUUGACACAUGGUUGGGGACCGGCCCCCAUGGUUGCCCUCACCCCCAGUGGACGAUCGGUGUGGACUUCGACUCCCUCUUGGCAAAAUUGGUAGUCCAUGCUGGAACAUUGGAGGAGUCGACCGCCCGCGUGCUGAGAGCCUUAUGCGAGACUCGCGUUCAGGGAGAUGUCAAGACGAACGUGGAGCUCCUUGCCGGUGUUAUGAGUCAUGCGGACUGGACCGCAGGGAAGAUGCAUACCCGUUGGCUCGAGGAUCAUGUCGAUGAGGUCCUGGCCCUCGGGAGGCAGCAGCUCUACCGUGAUGUACAUGUUUCAAGCUCGACAUCGCCUAAUCACUCAGACCGGUCCUCGAGCGACGCGGAUGGUGCGCCAGGGACUGUCUUACUGCAACCCGGUGCAUCAUUCCAGCUUUCACUGUCCUCCGCCUCCCAGCCUUCGCCAGCGGGACAGGCACAGAAACAUACUUUGGUCUUGUCAUCUUUGGGGCAUAACGCAUUCCCUAGCCAGCUCUCGGGGACGAUCACCACUUCGCUCACCUCGGCGCCGCUGUCGUUCUCCUUGACGCAGCUCUCUUCUACCGCGACAUCUUCGCACAUCGAACUCGCCAACCCGCAGGAUCCCACACAUAUCGCAUCCCCUCUGUCAGGCAAGAUCGUGGAGCUCCACGCGGCUCUUACGGAAGGCUCAGAGAACGGGAGUUACGUUCACCAAGGAGAGGCGUUGGUUGUGGUGUCCGUGAUGAAGAUGGAAAGCGUCGUAUCUGCACCCGUCAGCGGCAACGUCGUGAGGCUCGGAAGAGGUAUCGAGGUCGGCGUGAUUGUGGGGCAGAAUUCUGCGUUGCUUCUCUUCAAGAUGUCUUUCAUGGAUGAGAUUCGCAAAAUCCCUCCGGUCACUCGGUUUCUCUGUGCCUCCUCUCUCGCCGUCACUCUGCCAGUCCUCCUGCAGAUCUUGCCAAUAUACAAGGUCGUCUUUGUGAAGGAGUUCGUUACGCAGAAGUUUGAGAUUUGGAGAGUAUUUACGAGCUUCUUCUUGGGAAGCUCAGGGAUCAACUUCAUCUUCGACCUUGCCAUGCUCUAG